AUCAACAUUGAGCUCAGUUAGUUGUUAAAAUCAGUUAAUUGUUGGAUAGAUCAACCAAAUUAACUACACAGUCACUUGGUAUUGUGAUUAACGCUUCAUCAUGAUUAAAUUAACUACAAAAUCAAUUAUUCCAAUCGUAGGAAUCAUACUCAUCCUACCAGGUUUGAUUCCAGUUGAUUGUCAACAGAUUCCAGUUGCAAACAGCAGCAUAAUUACACCUACAACUUCAAGCGAUAUGUUGACAAAAAUUUGUCUAAAUGUCGACGAGUAUCGGUCAAUGUUCACCUCGAUUCUUGGUGACAACAGUGUCUUCAGUCGGGAUACAAUCGCUCGGAUGAUCACUUGGGUCGAUUGGUUUUAUGGUGCCUACAAUAAGUACAAAUGGUUAAUUGAUUUCGCGAUCGGUGCACUGACCACUUUAUCCGUGUUUCUACCUGGUGGUCCAUUGAUUCCCAUCGCAAUCAAAGUUGGAAUGACCAUUGUGAUGGAUCCAAAUAUGAGACGAUUAAUCAAGGAAAUCAUGUACGAGGUUUGGGCCAUGAUCCCUCCCAGUGGCUCGGAAUCAUACAAUGUCGCCCUCGAAGGUACCAUGGUCGUUGUCCGACAAUUAGCUAAUUCGACAGGUAAAUUAUACGCCAAAAGGUCAGUUGAUGGUCUUCUCAAUGGGUCAACCCCAUCGCCCAUUGAAAAAAUUGAUUGGUCUUCGAUAAUUGCUUCUCUAACAGCGCAAUUAGUUGAUCUUCAACGAAGAGUUUACUCUUACAAUUGGAAUUGAUUAAUGUUCGAGUGGAAAAAAAGUUCUAAUUGUUGAUUUACUUUCGAUGUUUCUUUAUUAUUUUUAUUUUUUGCUUUUAAAAUCAAUUAAUUUCUCUUAAUUUAAUUCAGUUAAUCGUUUGUGUUAAUUUAGUUUAAAUCAAUUUAUUAACAGUUUUGUUUAAUUUAAAAUACAUAAAAUCUUUCAGUUUAUAUAAUAUUUUUUGUUUUUGUUUUUGUUUUGUUAAAUAUGGAUAAUAAUUAAAUUUGAUUAAAUUAAUUAUCAUCAUUAUAA